UUGAACUGUGUUCUGUUAUUUUUUGAAAUGGGCUUCUUAACGUUUGCCCUGCUGGGCUUGGCAUUAGCCUUAUUGUACAACUUCUAUCAAAAUACUUUUAACUACUGGAAGAAUCGUGGAGUGCCUUCUGAACGCCCUCUUCCUAUUAUUGGCAAUAUGAAAGGCAUUGGAAAUAAAUAUCACUUUCGUGAUAUUAAUGGCAGACUCUAUAAAAAAUUCAAAGGCACUGCGCCAUUCGCGGGCAUGUACUUAUUCUUCAAACGAGUCGCUUUCAUAAUGGAUCUUGAUCUUGUCAAACAAGUUCUUAUUAAGGACUUCAAGAACUUUCAGGAUCGUGGAGUUUUCAACAACGCUCGUGACGAGCCUCUAACGGGGCAUUUGUUCAGUCUCGAGGGCGAAGAAUGGAAAGCUAUGAGACAUAAGUUGACACCGGUUUUCACCUCCGGCAAGAUGAAGCACAUGUUCAGCACUGUCGUUCAGGUCAGUGAACAUUUGACCAGCACAAUGGGUAAAUAUGCAAGUGCUGCGGCCACAGAUGGAGGAGAUGUGGAGAUCAAGGAACUGUGUACACGCUUCACCACAGAUGUUAUUGGUACUUGUGCCUUUGGCUUAGAAUGCAACAGUUUGGCGGAUCCCAAUGCUGAAUUCCGCUCCAAAAGUCGUAUGUUGGCAGAGAAACCGCGUCAUAACCAGCUAAUUCAAGCCUUCAUAGUUACCAAUGGAAGGCUCGCUGCAAAAUUGAGAAUGAAGGUUAUGCGAGAUGAUCUGCAUGAGUUCUUUUUAAACGCUGUUCGAUCGACAGUUGAUUAUCGACUUAAGAAUAACAUUAAACGGAAUGAUUUCCUUGAUCAGUUAAUCCAAUUGCGUGCAGAAAAUCAGGAGGAAGCUCGUCGAGGUAAUGGAAUUGAUCUCUCAAAAGGACUGACUAUUGAGCAAAUGGCAGCACAAUCUUUUGUUUUCUUUGUUGCCGGAUUCGAAACAUCUUCCAGCACCAUGGCCUUCUGCCUUUAUGAAUUGGCUCUUCAGCAAGAUAUUCAACAGCGUUUACGCGAUGAGAUUGAAAAAGUGUGCGAAGAGGUGUCCAAUGGAGAACUUACUUACGAAGCCAUGAACCAAAUGACUUAUUUGGAACAAGUACUUGCAGAAACGCUGCGAAAACAUCCAAUUGUACCUCACUUACAGCGGGUGGCAAGCGUAGACUAUAAGGUACCUGGCACUGAUAAGAUCAUCGAGAAGGGAACAACACUCUUAAUACCUGUGCACAAUAUUCAUCACGAUCCCGAAAUUUAUCCCGAUCCCGAUCGUUUUGAUCCUUCGCGUUUCGAACCUGAAGCUAUCAAGGCUCGUCAUCCAUAUGCCUACUUGCCAUUUGGAGAUGGUCCUCGCAACUGCAUUGGUGAACGAUUUGGCAAAAUGCAGGCCAAGAUUGGUCUGAUCUCGCUAUUGCGUCACUUUAAGUUUGGCGUAUCUGAUCGCACCGAAAUACCGUUAAUCCUUGCAACCCGCAACUUCACAUUGAACACUAAAUAUGGCAUUCACCUUAAGGUGGACAAAAUUUGAGA